GUGUGACCUCACCAGUGACCCCACCGGCCGGGCGUGACAUCACCAGUGACCUCACCGACCAGGUGUGACCUCACCAGUGACCUCACCGACCAGGUGUGACAUCACCGCCGUCCCCGCGGGGCCCAUGUGGCAGACCCUGCUGGCGCUGAGGCGGGGGGUCUCCACCGGCCGCCCCCCCCGCGGCCCCGCCCGUCCCCUCCCGCCGUCCCCCGCCCCCCCGGAGCCCCCCCGGGACCUGGCGGUGCCCAACGGGGGCUGGAGCGCGGCCAUGCGCCGCCAUUACCGCCGCCUCCUGGCCAUGGCGGCCGGCGGGGCCUGGGCACGCCUGCCCUCCUACCGCCGCGCCCGCCAGCACGGCGCCGCCGUCGGGGGGGUGACGCCGCCGGCGCAGGGGACGCCGCCGGGGGACACGCGGCUCUUCCCACGCGCCAUCGAGGGCGACGGCAACGGCUUCGAAUACGCCAUGUUCCUCAACGCCGCCGAGCGCCGCCUGCUCUGCCUCGUCCAGCCCGGGCCCUACCUGGAGGGACACCCCGGCCUGACCCACGGCGGUGCCAUCGCCACCAUCAUCGACAGCGCCCUGGGGACCUGCGCCCUGGCGGUGGCCGGGCCGGUGGUGACGGCCAACCUCAGCAUCGACUACCUGGCCCCCGUGCCGCUGGGCGCCGUGCUGCUGGUGGAGGGCCGCACCGAGCGGCUGGAGGGGCGCAAGGUCUUCCUCUCCUGCCAGGUCCGCGAUGCUGACGGGGACACGCUGCACGCCCGGGCCACCGGUCUCUUCAUCCAGCCGGACCCCAUCAAGCUCCGGGCGCAGGACGGGGACGGGAGACAGUAGCCAUCCCCGGUCACCCCCGUGUCACCCCUGUGUCCCCCCCAUAUCACCCCCCAAGGUCCCCCCCAAGCCACCCCGUCACCCCCAUGGCCCACCCCCUCAUUGUCCAUCCCCCGUGUCACCCCUGUGUCACCCCAUGCCCCCCCACUGGUCCCCCGUGUGUCCCCUCUGUGUCACCCCCAUGUCCCCCCUGUGUCACCCCGUGUCACCCCUGUGUGUCCCCGUGUCACCCUGUGCCCCCCCCUACGGUCCCCCCCCACCGUGUCACCCUCAUAUCACCUCCAUAUCACCCCGUGUCACCCCAAUGUCCCCUCCUGGUGCCCCCGUGUCCCCUCCACCCCGCUUUCCCUGGCGGGGCUGGGGGGGGGCCCCCACGACAAUCACAGCCGCUGCCGAUGU